AUGUCGGUAGACAGCAACCCACCGCAUCCAAUUCCGCCAGAGCGGCCGCAUCCCGCUCACCCCGACGACCGCUCAGCCAGCAAACCAACGAUAGAACCCGGAGCACCGAGGUCUCAACAACAACCACCCAUCACAGCAACCCACCAACCAUUCGAACCCUACUCCCUAAACCGCCGACCCUCCUUCCGUCCCAACUCCUCAAAACGCCCAAGCACGACCGCAGACACAUUCCCACCGCCCGAAUUGACCAGCGGCCCACUGUAUUCUCGCCCGCCACCGCCAGGGGUGCGGCUGGUGAUAUUCCCACCAACCGGAGGAGGAGGCGGUGGUCUUCCCGGCCCAUCGUCCGCAGGGCCAAGUUCAUCGCAUCCAAACCAUCCAUAUACAGGGGCCCUUCAAUCCGCACAUCCCUACCACGGCCCCCGUAGCGGCGGGAAUACCAACCGGCAAUCAAACCGCCCCCCACCGCGCCAACAGAACAAAAACCGCCGCUGGUCCUCUAACCAAACACAACAACGCCGCCCGCCACAACAACAACAACAACCCUCCUUCAAAAACAGAGGCCAGACCUUCCACCGCCGCCACGACGAGUUCUCUCAGGUCUACGGCCGGCCCAAAAAUAAACGGCUCCCACGGAAUCGAAACAACAGUCAUCACACCAAUACGAAUAAACGCAAAAAAGGGGAUUAUUACCGCCCCCCGCCGGUUAUCGUCAACCUCUUCCGCCCCGACGACGUGGCUGUGGCUAGUAGCACCGAGAAGUCCAUCCUCCCAACCCAAUCCGAGAAACCAGGCCUCGACGCUUCGACACCCUGCACCCUCACCGACGUGGAAAUCGAUCUUCUGCUAGACGACGCGUUUGCGGAUCUCGGGCUGGAGAUUGGUGGCGGGGAGGGAGAAACCACAGACGCUGAACGCGACGCCGACGCCGACGAGGAGGAGGAUGACGACGAGGGGGAAGGAUGCACGACCCCACCUUUCGCGGAAUGGGAGUACCCUGACGAGAUAUAUGUCGCGGACCGGGUCAAGUUCCGGGAGAUGGGCGGGACUAGCUUGGAUCGGAGUUUUAUUGGGUGUAUGCCGCCGAAGGGGGUUUUGGAGGGGUUGGAUGAGUUGCCUUGA